UAAGAAACGUAUGCUUGACAAAUAAAUUGGCUUUUACCUUGUUAGUCGAUCUCCGCAAAUGCGACUCACGAGGAUUCUACUAUGGUGGCACAAUCGCAGUUUAUGCACUGCCACGUGCUGUUGAUAAACAUUCGUGCCUCUCCAUUUCAUCUCCACCUGCUCCAUACUUCAAAACAAUUGUUCUCUCUGCUUUUGAUACCCUUACUUUUCAUUCUCCAUAGUUCUUAUACUUAUGCAUAAAUUGUAAAACACUACUCUGAAAAUUUUGUUUUUGUUAGGAAAAUAAUGCCAUCCUCUCCUCCUAAAGCUCCUUUUCUUAGGUCUUCACCCAAAGAAUCUCAUGAAGAUCAAAGAUUUAAAUGCUAUAAGGGUGUCCGAAAGAGGGCGUGGGGCAAAUGGGUGUCUGAGAUCAGAGUUCCAAAGACUGGAAAACGCAUAUGGCUAGGUUCAUAUGAUGAACCAGAGAAGGCAGCUCGAGCCUAUGAUGCUGCUUUGUUCUGCAUUAAGGGUGAGAAGGGAGUUUUCAAUUUUCCCACAGACAAAAAGCCGCAGCUUCCAGAAGGUUAUGUCCGGCCUCUUUCCAAGCACGACAUACAAACAAUCUCAACAAACUAUGCUUACUCAGUUGUGCAUGUACCUUCCCAUGCCACCACUCUCACGGUAACAUCCCAGGUUCCCUCUGAAGUUUCUGUGUCCCCUGAUGUAUCUGCUUCUAUUGAGAUUACAGAGGUAGUCGAUGAAUAUUAUCUCCCAACCGAUGCAAAUGCAGAAUCAAUGUUCUCAGUAGAAGACUUACAACUGGACAAUUUCCUCAUGAUGGACAUUGAUUGGAUAAACAAUCUAGUAUGAUGUGUAAUGCUAGUUGCAGUUACAUUUAGCUUUAAUAUGGUUUAACUACCAGUUACUUGUAUCUUUAGUCACUGCUUGUAAGGGUAUACUUGCAUCUGUGUCUUUGCAUUUGUUUCAUUUAGCAUGCAGUUUAUUGUUCUUGUUUUGCAUGUUUUCUCUUCUUUUCCCCUUAUGUUGGACCUCAUUAUAUGUUGAAUAUGAAUGAAAUGAUUAGGAAUUGCAUGUUUGAGA